AUGGUGAAAACGAGUUCCUACAGAAGAAAAAGUAGAAGCUCUCCUAAUGGACAAGGACAAAAAGCAAAAAUAGGAAUAAAACGAUUAAGUGCUGAGUAUGUAAAAACAGGACAACUGCUAGUGAAGCAAAGAAAAAUCAUUGCUUUCAAUUUUGAAAAAAAGACAAGGAGAAGAAAUUUCAAAUAUUAUCCUGGGGAACAUGUUAAGGUUACAAAAAAUACCAGUUUAGUAGCCCUAACGAAUGGCAGAGUAAAAUAUACGUUCCACUCUGUGCAGAAGGUCCUUAUCGUGAAUGUACUUCCUGAGGAGGUAGACGAAUUGAGGGAGGAUGACUUAUAUAGAUACAGAACUGAACAUGUGAGAUCGUUUGAGGAGAAUAGGAGUCUCGUUUAUCUUCGAAUGAAACAUGUGGUUAGUUUUCCCCCGAGUAAACAGACGCAGUUUAGGAAGCCCCCGCUGCGCCCACAGUUCCUGGCUAAGUAUGACAUCGACGACAACCCCACGCUGCGGGAGGUGCCCGUGCUGUAUCACAAGCCGCAG